CCCAGCCGCGCGCACCGAGCCGGCCGCGAGAUGGAGGGCGACGCGCUGCCGCGGGGGAGCGAGCGCGUGUCGGGUCCCGGCCCCGGCGGCGGGACGGUCCGCGAGCUGUGCCGGGGCUUCGGCCGCUACCGCCGCUACCUGGGCCGCCUGCGACAGAACCUGCGCGAGACCCAGAAGUUCUUCCGCGACAUCAAGUGCUCGCACGGCCACACUGGUCCCUCCUCCCCCACGGGCGGCGGCGGCGGCGGCGGCGGCGGCGGCGGCGGGGACGGGGACGGGGACGGGCGCGGCCCUGCCGGCGACGUCGCCGAGACCGGGCUGCAGGCGGGCCAGCUGAGCUGCAUUGCCUUCCCACCUAAGGAAGAGAAGUACCUCCAGCAGAUUGUGGACUGCCUUCCCUGCAUCUUGAUCCUCGGCCAGGAUUGUAAUGUCAAGUGCCAGCUGUUGAACCUGCUGUUGGGGGUGCAGGUGCUUCCCACCACCAGGCUGGGCAGUGAGGAGAACUGUAAGCUUCGACGCCUCCGCUUCACCUAUGGGACUCAGACUCGGGUCAGCCUGGCACUCCCCGGCCAGUAUGAACUAGUUCACACGUUAGUUGCUCACCAGGGCAACUGGGACACCAUCCCUGAGGAGGAUUUGGAGGUCCAAGAGGACAGUGAGGACGCUGCCCAUGUUUUAGCUGAACUGGAGGUGACGAUGCACCACGCUCUCUUACAGGAUGUGGACAUUGUGGUAGCACCGUGCCAAGGCCUCCGGCCUGCAGUGGAUGUUCUGGGUGACUUGGUGAACGAUUUCUUGCCUGUGAUAACCUAUGCACUCCACAAAGACGAACUGUCUGAGAGAGAUGAGCAAGAACUUCAGGAAAUCCGAAAGUAUUUCUCCUUUCCCAUAUUCUUUUUCAAAGUGCCGAAGCUGGGCUCGGAGAUCAUUGCCUCAUCUACCAGAAGAACAGAGAAUGAAAGAUCACCCCUCCAUCACCAGCUGAUGGACCUGGGCUAUCUGAGCAGCAGUCACUGCAACUGUGGGGUCCCUGGCCAAGACACUAAAGCUCAGAGCAUGUUGGUGGAGCAGAGUGAGAAACUGAGACACUUGAGCACAUUUUCUCACCAGGUGCUACAGACUCACCUGGUGGACGCAGCCAAGGCCCUGAACCGGGUGCACUGCCACUGCCUCGACAUCUUUAUUAACCAGGCCUUUGACAUGCAGCGGGACCUGCAGAUCACUCCCAAACGUCUGGAGUAUACUCGAAAAAAGGAAAAUGAAUUGUAUGAAUCAUUGAUGAAUAUUGCCAACCGAAAGCAGGAGGAAAUGAAGGACAUGAUUGUUGAGACACUUAAUACCAUGAAGGAGGAACUUCUGGAUGAUGCUGCCAACAUGGAAUUUAAAGAUGUCAUCGUCCCUGAGAACGGAGAGGCCGUGGGCACCAGAGAACUCAAGUGCUGCAUCCGGCAGAUCCAGGAGCUCAUCAUCUCUCGGCUCAAUCAGGCUGUGGCCAACAAGCUGAUCAGCUCGGUGGAUUACCUGCGCGAGAGCUUCGUGGGCACCCUGGAACGCUGUCUGCAGAGCCUGGAGAAGUCCCAGGAUGUCUCCAUUCACAUCACCAGUAAUUAUCUCAAACAGAUCUUAAAUGCCGCCUAUCACGUUGAAGUUACAUUUCACUCAGGGUCCUCGGUUACAAGGAUGCUGUGGGAGCAAAUCAAACAGAUCAUCCAGCGCAUCACGUGGGUAAGCCCACCUGCCAUCACGCUGGAGUGGAAGAGGAAGGUAGCCCAGGAAGCCAUCGAGAGCCUCAGUGCCUCCAAGUUAGCCAAGAGCAUCUGCAGCCAGUUCCGAACUCGGCUCAACAGUUCUCACGAGGCUUUUGCAGCCUCCUUGAGGCAGCUAGAAGCUGGCCACUCAGGUCGGUUGGAGAAAACAGAAGAUCUGUGGUUGAAGGUUCGGAAAGAUCACGCCCCACGCCUGGCUCGCCUUUCUCUGGAAAGCCGUUCUUUACAGGAUGUCUUGCUACAUCGUAAACCGAAACUAGGGCAGGAGCUGGGCCGCGGCCAGUACGGUGUGGUAUACCUGUGUGACAACUGGGGAGGACACUUCCCUUGUGCCCUCAAGUCAGUCGUCCCCCCAGAUGAGAAGCACUGGAAUGACCUGGCUUUGGAGUUUCACUACAUGAGGUCUCUGCCGAAGCACGAGCGCUUGGUGGAUCUGCACGGCUCGGUCAUAGACUACAACUAUGGCGGCGGCUCAAGCAUCGCCGUGCUGCUCAUCAUGGAGCGGCUACACCGGGACCUCUACACGGGGCUGAAGGCUGGGCUGACGCUGGAGACCCGUCUGCAGAUAGCUCUAGAUGUGGUGGAGGGGAUCCGCUUCCUGCACAGCCAGGGACUUGUCCACCGUGAUAUCAAGCUAAAAAAUGUCCUGCUGGACAAGCAGAACCGUGCCAAGAUCACCGACUUGGGAUUCUGCAAGCCAGAGGCCAUGAUGUCAGGCAGCAUUGUGGGGACGCCAAUCCAUAUGGCCCCUGAACUUUUCACAGGAAAGUACGAUAAUUCGGUCGAUGUCUAUGCCUUCGGCAUUCUCUUCUGGUAUAUCUGCUCAGGCUCUGUCAAGCUCCCUGAAGCGUUUGAGAGGUGUGCCAGCAAAGACCAUCUCUGGAACAACGUGCGGAGAGGGGCCCGGCCAGAACGUCUUCCUGUGUUUGACGAAGAAUGCUGGCAGUUGAUGGAAGCCUGCUGGGACGGUGACCCGUCUCAGAGACCUCUCUUGGGCAUCGUCCAGCCCAUGCUCCAGGGCAUCAUGGAGCGGCUAUGCAAGUCAAAUUCUGAGCGACCAAACAGAGGACUAGAUGAUUCUACUUGAAAGCAGAGACCUUUCUCUUUUACUAUUUCUUUCCUUCCCCUCACCUUUUGGUCAUGGGAAGAAUUUGACAUUUAUUCAGAGAGCUCCUGAGGGAACUGAUGCUUGUUGAGCAGCUUGAGACCUUUCCAGGCAGAGUUGCCUCCCGGAUAGUGAAGAGUUGGCUGGCUGUUGGGGCACAUUCAGCAGCUCACUGAUGUCCCAAGCCAUCUCGUUAGUAAAAGAUUGUCUAGGAUGUGUAAAUGCUGAAGAAUGCAAUGUUCCAGGCUCAGAACUGAAAAGGAGGCAAAUGUACCAUUGUCUGUUCACUGUGUGUUGCUAAGACAGGUGGGGCACUGCGGUGGCAAUAGUAUUAAAAACUAUAAUUUUCAUAAUUUUGUCUCUAGCUAGAAGCAGUUUGGUUCUAUCCAGUCAUCAGGACCCUUAGAAAAUUUGAACUUUGUUCUGGGAUUGUGAGAACAUAGGAGCAAAAAAAAUAACUUCCUGCUACCUGCAACCAGAGAUCUCAGGUUGUAACAGCAGAGGCCCCAGUGAGGGAGCUAGAAACAGAGCUGUCAGUUCCUUACGGUGCCAGCGUGUUUACAUUUAUAGGACUGAAUAUCCCUGACUUCUGGGGAAGGGUUUCAUGGUUACAUCACCAAGAGGCCACAAAAAGAAAAAAAUGUGUGUACGUACACGUAUGUGUGUAUAUAUAUAUAUAUAUAUAUAUAUAUAUAUACAUAUGCGAUUGGAUUCUGAGUUACUGCUAACUCCAAGAUAGAAUCUCUUCUUCCCUUUGUCUUGAUUUUUUAUUUUCUCCUUUUUAGUCUCAAGAUGGGAAAACUCCAGUUAACAUGGUAUCUGGGGAUGAGUGUCUGAGUAAAACUGAUGGGUGUGGAGUAUCUGGUGAGGUCUGAGAAGUGGGCAGUGAUCUGGAAGCAUGGGCUUCCAUGCAACCUAUGAGAAAGAUACCAGGCUGUUUCUAAACUUAGAAGAAUCAAAAAUCCCUGUUUUUGUGUUUGAAUCUAACACACUGAUGUUUUUAAACUCUGUCGAUGAGCUUUUUAACCAAAAUUUCUUUUGCAACUUGUCCCUUCUUUUUACUUCGAAUGUAGCGUAAGAAGAAAAGCACCAGAUGAAAGAGAAGAGAUGCUUUUCAUAGCUCUGUGUGUGUGUGUGCCUCUCACCUCUGUGUGUUAGCAUCUGGGAUGGUUCUCCCUUGCAGUUGGGAGGUGCGGGGCUGGGCUUUUAGAGAGUUUGUCAGGAAGGGUGUAUAAUAAGGGAAAUUCUGAAGGGGAAUGAUUUAAAGAUCAGUGCAUCUCAGAUGUUGACUUAAAGCCUCACUCAACCAAAAUGGUCCAUUAGAUUUAGAUACCAGGUGGGUGAAGGAGUAGACAGUGGAGGUGAACAGCCUCCAUCCGUCUGCCUAACUCCAAGCACUGUGGUCCCUGCCCUGUGCGUGGCCCCAAUUCUGUGAAGCAGGUCCCUGAGUAGGUGUGUAAGAAAAAGGGCGGAUUUGCUGCUGGAAUUUUGUAGCCUUGUUUCUGAGAGAGUGACCAUCUCUUAAACAUUAACAGAGUAUAAAUGGCGUCUACAAGAAAUUUCUCAUGUAACUUUUAAAGUUGAGUUUUAACCCUUUGGAUGCACUGGGCUCUGAUUAUGAUACUUUUGAGCAUAGUAAGCCUCCAAGCACUUGGAGCCCUUCAGAAACUUCAUAUAGUGCUUUUCACUUGCGAACAAUAAAAGUGACUGAACCAGUGUCUUUGGGUUCUAUGGGUUCCAGGCUUGUUUUGGUAGAAUGUCCAGUGAAUCUCUUAAAAUUGUUAAUACCCAUUUAUAGAUUUACUUUUUCAAGUCACUCUGUUCUUGUCUGCAUUAACUCGUUUGCCCUCCAGAGAACUAUGAUGGAGCUUCCAAGGAAGCCAGAUUUUCAAGUUUAAAAAGAAGAGGUGAGUAGUGUCUACUGGCCAGAAAAUCAGCCUAAGUGUCUGUUCUGUAUGAAAUUUCAAGAAAGGUCUUCUGUAAUUCCCUUUUCCAGAGAGUCUUCCUUGACUCCAGCUGGAACCAGGAGCCUGGCUUCCGGCGUGGAAGCCACAUUCCUAACAUUCUUCCAGAGCCUUAGCAGCGACCCCUAUUCAGACAGGGGCGGGGCGGGUAGGUUUUCCUGUACCUAGCGUUCUCUUUCCCUGCAGCUCAGUCUGCUCCUCAGACACCAGUUUCCUAGCAGAUUCCGUUUGUUUGCCUGACUGAGGAGGGCCUAGAUGCUAAGUCAGACAGUAGCUGUGUUAACAAUUCAUUACAAAAAAAGGUAUUUUGAGAAAAGGUGCAAGAUACUCCUGAAGCUCGCCAGGCCAGCCAAAGUCCAUGUAGAGAUAUUUGGAAAUGUUAUUUGAACACUCAGCGGGCUGAGUGCAGGAAUACAUAUAUCUGACAUGCACAUACUUUGCUUUUGUUUGAUAACGUUGUCAGCUAAUUUUGGAUUCUUUGUUCCUUGGCACCCAUUAUUAUUAAAGUGAUGGAAUGCCAUGAAAUGUACUGUACUGUAUAUUACUUGGGAAGACACUAGGUAUUCAAAGAAGUCUGGGGGCACUUGCGCUGUAGUAGGCUCAACAAGACCAAAGUCCUAAAGACUUUACCUCCUAGCUUUGGUUGUACGUGCUCCCAAGUGGUGAGGUGAGAUUGUGGCUGGGGGAGGAGGAAGGACGGAGUGGAUGACCCUACUGCGUUCUGUCCUUCUAAUCAACUUCAUUAGGGCAGUUUAUCCCAGCCUGAAAAUGAUCGCCUGGCCGUUUUUAACAUGCCUGAAGUCCAGUCACUUGUGUGACUUCAGAACUGAGUGAGGGACCUUCUUGCAGAGCAAUCAAGAAAUGGAGCCUGGGGCCCCAGAGGGGCUGACCCUGUGCCCAGGAAGCCGGCAGCCUGGCGUGAGUCAAGGGGUGCUCGUUUGGGUGAGGCUUCCACAGGCAUACCCUACUUCCUUGAUCCUCUGAAGAGAGCGGCUCACGGAGCAAGUCUUCCACUUCUCUAGGAAGGACGGCUGUGCUGGUUCUUCCAGACCAAAGAGAAUCACUUGUGACUCCCAUCAGUUUCAAGGGGACAGAGCCUAGGCAGCAGCUUCUCCUCAUUUUUAACACUAAAACUCAAGGAAAUGGUGAAGGAAAGGAUAUAUUGCUACCACAGAUGGAAACGGGGAAUGGUAGGACUCCCCACUAGCACCUGUCAGCUCUCCUGUGCAUUUUGAAGCAUCUUUGCUGAGCUGCCAAAGAGGGGUUGGAAGUUUUUUCCUGAUGAGAGAAGGGGUUUGAGGAUGGCAGGGCCCCAAAAUAAUAACUGCACUGAAUGACACUUUAUUUUUUUUUUUUUAAUUUUUGGCUUAUUAUUUAGCACUGAGAAGCCAAGAGGGAUUGGUGAUUACAGUAGCCCUGGGGGCUCAGAGGCUCCCUCUGGCCUUGCUUUGGAGAGAAGGCACAUGGUUGGUAUUCCAUCUGGCUAAUCAGGGAAACUCCAAAGUCCAAACUGCCUCAGAGCGGGAUAAAUGGUCCUUCGCCAAAAGAGUAGUCACUUUCUUUGAGUUUUCAAAGUUUGAUUUUUGGAUUUGCUGGAUCAAAUGACCCACUUUUUCUUCAAAAGAAAAAAAAGGUGGAUUUUUCCUUCUAAAUAAUGAGGGCAGUAGUUAGGGCUAGUGCCGGGUUAAAGUGGGUAAGGAGGGAGUAACCUUCGGAAACUUGUAUUGCAAACUCCUUUGGGUGUUGCACGUCGCACUACUGUUCUUAAAAGGGUUUUAUUUUUGACUUCAUCUGCUCUGUUAACAGCCAGGCCAGCCGAGAUGUGCACAGAGACUAUGCAAACACUCGGCAUUGGGGGAGGCCACCUGACUCAGAGGGUUGAAGAGAAAAUUGGUCUGGACAGCUUGUUGUCUUUUAUCUUAAUGUAAUAUUUUUGUUUGUUUUAAAGGACUAAUGUCGAUUACAGUGUUAAUAAAGGUGUAACAUACUAAGUGUGUAGAAUAAAAGUGCAAUGACAAGAGGAAGUCACCUUGGCACGAACCUCAGUCUUUCGCUUUCCCUCCUGUACUCUUUCCAUAAUAUGGCAACCAGGACCGUGUUGUGUUUUCAAGAGACAUGACUAUGGGUUCAGCCCUCAUCUAGUGUCCUUUUGAAUGGUUGGCUUUGGUUUUAUAGAAUAUUCUGUAUCCUUGUGGGGAUGCACACAUACCACAUGUGCCGUAGAAUAAAGGUCACAUUAACAUUUGAA